CAGUGGGGGACUUUAGCUGGAGACAGACGACUACUUCACAGAGAGGGGAGACAUCAUGUUGGACCAGUGACCCAUCUGUACUUGAGUCAGACCAGGAACUUCACACAAAACCUGAAACCGGAUUAAUGUUUGACACUGGAGCUGGAGCACCUCUCUGGUUUUUACUACUCGCACCAAACUCCCCAGAGAAGUGUCCAUUUCUCACUAUUGUUCUGCUUGGGUUGAAGGAUUUACCCUCCGUGUUGCUCGGGACAUGAAUCCAAGCAGCUGGUGAGAAAAGAUGCCCGAAACGCGCUCGUUGUGCCUUUCUCAGCGGGAUUGAAGAGGAGGAGCCCCUGAGGACAAGUUCACACUUCUACUUUAUUUAUUUAUUUAUUUGUAACUUAUGAUUUAUUUAUAUAAUAUGGGGCGCGUCAUCCUGCUGGCCCUCGCCGUGACGUCCAUGUUGCUGUGCCAGGGCUUUUGUUCGGGGGUGUUUGAGCUGAAGUUACAGGAGUUUCUAAACAAGAAGGGAGUACAGGGAAACCAGAACUGCUGCAGAAGGGGUCUGGCCUCCUUCCAGCAGCAGUGUGAAUGUAAGACUUUCUUCAGGAUCUGCCUCAAGCACUACCAGCCCAAUGCGUCCCCAGAGCCGCCGUGCACCUACGGCGGGGCCGUAACACCUGUCCUGGGCUCCAACUCCUUCCAGGUUCCCGAUGUAAUACCGGAGAGCUCCUUCACCAACCCCGUCAGGAUUAAUUUCGGCUUCACGUGGCCGGGGACCUUCUCGCUGAUCAUCGAAGCGUUACACACCGAUUCCAAAGAGGACCUCUCCACAGAGAACCCAGAGCGCGUGAUCAGCACCAUGGCCACCCAGAGGCACCUGACGGUGGGGGAGGACUGGUCCCAGGACCUACACACAGGAGGACGGACCGAACUCAAGUACUCCUAUCGGUUCGUCUGUGAUGAGCACUAUUACGGAGAUGGCUGUUCGGUGUUUUGCCGGCCCAGAGAUGACGCCUUUGGCCACUUCACCUGUGGAGAGCGCGGGGAGAUCGUGUGCGAUGCCGGGUGGAAGGGCCAGUACUGCACCGAGCCGAUCUGCCUACCAGGGUGCAACGAGGAGCACGGGUACUGUGAGAAACCUGGAGAGUGCAAGUGCAGAGUGGGGUUCAAAGGCCGCUACUGCGACGAGUGCAUCCGCUACCCCGGCUGUCUCCACGGGACCUGCCAGCAGCCCUGGCAGUGCAAUUGCCAGGAGGGUUGGGGGGGGCUCUUCUGCAAUCAAGACCUCAACUACUGCACUCACCACAAGCCGUGCAUGAAUGGAGCCACCUGCAGCAACACCGGUCAGGGCAGCUACACCUGCUCCUGCAGGCCCGGCUUCUCUGGGGCCAGCUGUGAAGUCAAGGUCAACGAAUGUGCCGGCAACCCCUGCCGCAACGGAGGAAGCUGCACCGAUUCAGCAAACACAUACAAGUGCACUUGCCCUCAUGGUUUCUAUGGCAACAACUGCGAGUUGAGUGCCAUGACAUGUGCUGAUGGGCCUUGCUCCAAUGGAGGCCGCUGUGCUGACAACCCUGAGAGAGGUUAUUCCUGCCAGUGUCCCACGGGAUAUGCAGGGGUCAACUGUGAGAAGAAGAUCGACCACUGUACCUCCAGCCCGUGCUCCAAUGGUGCUCAUUGUGUGGAUCUUGUAAAUUCUUACCUGUGCCAGUGUCCAGACGGUUUCACCGGGAUGAACUGUGACCACACUGGGGAGGAAUGCUCUGCCUACCCCUGUCAGAAUGGUGGCACGUGUCAGGAGAGUCCUAGUGGCUACACAUGCUCCUGUCCACCAGGCUACACCGGCCGUAACUGCAGCUCUCCCAUUGGCCGGUGUGAGCACAACCCUUGCCACAACGGUGCCACUUGCCAUGAGAGAAACAACCGCUAUGUGUGUGCGUGCAUUCCUGGAUAUGGAGGAAGAAACUGCCAGUUUUUGCUUCCAGAGCACGCUGCAAUCCGAGGCAACGAGGUUCCCUGGAUGGCCGUCGGGUCUGGCGUGGCCCUGGUGCUGCUGCUGCUGGCGGGGUGUGCCGUGCUGGUGGGAUUUGUUCGAUCAAAAGCCCAGCACAGCGGACGAACAGAUACUUCAGCCGACAGAGAGACAAUAAAUAACCUGACCAACAACUGUCACCGCGGCGACAGGGACCUGACCAUCAGUGUGUUGCCAACGCCAGGAGUCAAAAACAUCAAUAAGAAGAUGGAUUUGUGCAGCAGCGACCCUGAAGAAGGAUCUUCACCAGGAAGGAGCAGCUACAAAAGCUGCCAUCACCCUGCAGACUACAACCUUGUACAUGAGGUCAACUACGAGCAGGCAGCUAAGGAGGCGAUGCUGGAGGCGGCCUGCGAGGACAAAUGUCAAUCCCUCGACUUGUUCCAGUUUGAAGAGAAACGCAGCAAACAAUUAAAAUGCGACGCAUCAGAAAUGGAAGCCCCAGAACUGUCUGCAUGUGCGGACACCAAGUACAAAUCUGUGUUUGUGAUGUCAGAUGAGAAAGAUGAAUGUAUAAUUGCAACUGAGGUAAUUUCUACUGGAUCUUCACGUUUUUCUGCUGCUCACAACCAAUCCUGACACCUUUCCCUCUUGUCUUCCUCCAGGUGUAACAAGCCCGUUGCUCCUUUGCUCUACGGGAGAGUUUUUGUGCUCCCUCAGAUGCUGCUCUUACCCCGGGCGGGCGGGGGGAGGGAGGGAGGGGAGACUGCUGCUUAUACCGAGACGUUUAACUGAUAUUCAGAGUGAGCUGGUUCUCUACUGGUAGCUAAGUGUAGGCAGCGGUGGCCUGUGGGGAGAACUGGCCUGGUAAAGAAAAAGAAGAGAAUAAAAGUUUACGUUUGAAGGUAAACUGUCACUUAGCUUCUGUUACCUUUCAUUGGAGAGUAUGUAUAAGCAAACAUUGUCACAUGGCAAUUAGCGUACCACGCUACGAGUCUUGUUUUUGCAACAUUUGCAGCCAGGCCUUUUCUGGAACCCACACGCCGUUGCUGAGCGCAGGAACGACAUCAAACGGUGGAUGUUCGGCCAUACUGGCCUGCUCUUCACCAGGCUGUGGACAUGGGCGGUGCCCCCACCCAUCGCUACACCUGUGAAGACUCUAUGUUUACUUCAUCGCUGUAUUAACCGAAGUGUGUUUUCACCCCCGAGUUCUCCAAACCUUUAUGAAAUAGUAUUGUUCUCUGUGUCUCGUUUGGGAUUAAUAACUUGUUUAUAUAUGAAAAAUGUUGCUUUUGAUACAGACUUUUGUAAAAUAAAUACAAAAGAAAAAUGUUAUGAUUUAAAAUUAUGAUUUAAUUUAUGUUAACUUAAGAACUUUGUUAUUUUUAUUUUGUAAUUAUUCUUGUGGUGUUUGUUAUGAUUAUUUAAGUUGCUUUUUUAUUGAUGAUAUUUUUGCAAAGGCACUUCAUGUUGAUGGAAAUCCUUUUUAAGAAAAUGUUAUUUAAGAGGAAUGCUGUUACAGUUAUUAUUACCACUUGUAAAUGAAGGAAUUAGCCAAGACUAUUUUUCCAAAUAAAUACUGCUAAAUGUG